AUGGCAACGAAAGCCGCCCACAAAAGACUCAUCCGGGAAUAUGAGGCAAUUCAGCGUUCUCCACCUCCAUUCAUACAAGCACACCCGAGCGAGAACAAUAUACUGGAAUGGCAUUAUAUUCUGACCGGGGCUCCAAACACACCGUAUGAAGGCGGACAAUACCAUGGAACUCUCAUUUUCCCUUCCGACUAUCCUUUCGCACCUCCCGCCAUCCGAAUGCAUACUCCAUCAGGCCGGUUCCAACCUUCCACGAGACUUUGCUUGAGCAUUUCCGAUUAUCACCCCCAACUAUUCAAUCCCGCAUGGUCAGUGUCGACCAUACUCAUAGGGCUCAUGUCAUUUAUGAACAGCGAAGAGAUGACUGCUGGUAGUAUUGGAGGAACAGUGGCAGAGCGGAAGUGGCACGCAGCAAGAUCAAGGUGGUGGAACUCCACUGGUGGCGGAUCAGCCUCAAAGCCGGUUCCCGGCGUCCAGCCGACCACAAAGGGCAUUGGCAACAUCAAAGCAGGAGACGGAGGAGCAAAGUUCAGGGUAGAAUUCCCCGAUGAGGACAAGGAGAACUGGAUAUGGAUGAAAGAGCAUCGUAUUGACCCGGUCACCGGUCGGAUGCUCCCCGACGAAGAAGGCGAAGAGAUCAAUUGCUCGCCAGAGACGAGAGCCUUGCGACGGAUACUGGGAGGAAGCACCGGUGUCGGAGUCGUGGUUCAGGGUGGCCAGGCUGCAAGGGACGCAGGACAGGGUUGGAUCUGGCGAAAUAAGAUGUGGAUCAUAGCGGGCGGCAUUGUUGUGUAUUUCAUGCUAGCAAGGAUUUUCGGCGAAGAACAAGGUGUGUUAUGA